AUGGACGGGUCAUUUUAUACUUGGUUUUGUGUGCUACUGUAUUUAGUGGCGUUGUUUGGGACUUUAUCGUACGGAGCUAGUAUACCAUGUGAGUAUCGUUUACGCUAUUGUGACUGUUAUAGUACCGUUUAUUAUACCCAGUAGAGUGGUGAUAAAAUCUCAGACCCUGGUGCAAUUAUAAAAAAAAACUGAUAAAUAUACGUCGAAUCGCGUAAAAUCACCUUAAAGGCCUUUUAUUAUAUGCAUAAUAUAUUGUGCUUUAUUGUCAAUAUAAUUAUUUAAUAUUAAUUAAAAUUUCAUAAGCCAAACAAAGGGGAUAUUUUAUCCACUCACUUUUUCCCUCCCUCCAUUACGACCCUGGAGUCUAUGUAUCCUCUCAACUUGCCACUUAUAACAGUGGUCCACCCGUAUAGUAUUAGCUCUGUUUAGUCCUAUUCUAUUAUACGACUAUUACGAUUCUGAACUUCUAUUACUAUAAAUAGGUAUUGAACUUUUUAAUGUUUUGGAAUUUUGUACUUUUAUCAUGAAAACGUUGAAUUAAUUGCAUUGUUUUAUAAAACUGUUUGCCGAAAUCCUUUUUUGGUUUAAAUUACUUCAUAAUCAAAGUAAUUAUUUUCAUUAUCCGCACAACUUUUUAGAUUGUAAUAAGUCGUAUCUUACAUUGGAAUUUUAACUAUAAUUGUAGUGAUUAAACAUGUUACUGUAACAUCAAAGAAAUCAAAUAAUAUAAUUUUAUAUGUGCAUUAUUAAUAUUAAAUUGUUGUACAUUUUCAGUUACUCCGUACUUCUCGAGCGCGCACAACUAUAAAAGUGGAAGUCCUCCAUCAACAACUGUAUAA